AUGUGCGCGUAAGAGUUUACAAUGAAAAUGCCUCAUUUUCAGUUAAUAAUAAAUUAGGAGUCAUCAAGAUAGUUUUAGUUUCGUCAAAAACACAAAUUACACGUAUUAUCGCCAACUUCCGAAAGUUGGUCAUUAGCGAUGGCAGUUAAUACGCAAGAAUAAUUAGAAGAAUGAUUGAGUUGGUUAAAAUAUACCAAAAAUGACCUUAGCAUGUUCAUUUUCCCAUCUCAUUAAGUCGGUUCAAAGUAAAGAAUCUUUACAAAACAAUUUUAAUAACCUUUUCAGCCUUGAGAAGUUUCAGGACAUUUCAACAUUUUCAGCACCUAAUACCUAUAAUACUGCGACUUUAUUUCCAAUAUAUAAUACGUUGAUUUUUAUUGAUUUUUAAUUUUAAUUAAUAAAAUCACAUAUUAGUUAAUGCCUCCUGAUUCAAACGACGUCUUAUAUUUUUCAUGUUUGUAAAUUUUCUAAAAAACAAAGUUUUACCCAAUUUAUACUUGAAAUGUUUUAUUUGUGCAUGGGUAAUCGAAGGAGAACCAAUUAUCCUUCAAAAAGGACAUCUACUAAAUAUUCAUCUACAGUAUCUGUGAAGAUAAUCCAAAAUUGGAAUAUAACUAAUGCUUUAUAUCGAAAAGUAUAGAGUUAGUACACUUGAUCCUUGGUCAAACUAUCACAUCACUCAAACAAAAGAUUCCCCAUGCACAUUAACCCCGCGGCAGCGGCACAGCAAGCUCUUCACAGUGCACAAAACUGCAAGACAACAAUACAAAAAAGCGGAAACAUCAAUAUUCAACGCAAAUUCUGAUAACCCCAGACUGCCUUUCAUGAACUCGAUAAUAACACAAAACUAGCACUUGCAUAGAAAUGACUUGUUGUUAUUGUUACAGCUAAACCGUGAACGUACGAUCACAUGAAUAUAUUUAUGAAGCAAGAUAACAAAGUGUUUUAGCACGAAAUGAAAAAUAGCGGUUUUGAAAUUAUUUGUAACAGAUCGUCCCUACUCGAUGGAGAUUUGUUCGACGAUGAGUGGCUUUUGCGACGAUCUAAGCUUUUCGCGAACCAAAGCGCGAAUGAGAGCGAAGCGCGAUCCGCGAAUUGUACGUCGCACCAAACAUAAAACUCUUAAUCCACAAGAUCGCGCGAUCUCGGUUUUUGCACACGACAUGUUCGGGAGGCGAGUGUACCUCAACUUUUGCAAUGUUACGCUGGUCAAGAAUCAUCAUUCAUUAGCGGUACAAGUGAAUGUCCUUAGUGCAGGUCGCAAUAAACAUACAUCAGACAGACGUAACUGUGUUUUGCGUAAUUUUGCGAACGUGUUCGGCGGCGUCAUCCGUUAUAACGGUGUUUUGCGUACGUACAAACCAACACAACUAACCACAAGUACCUUCCUACUAUCACGAAAGAACAGACUCAACUAUCAAUGAAGUUGAUGACAAAAUGUUGCAGGGACAUAUGAAAUACAUAAAAUUCUGAAUGCACAUUUCAUCGCGGAUGCAAUAUCUUAUUUUUGAGUCGCUGCUAUCUUGUUGUCAGGCGAAUGUUUGCGAAUGUUUUUGCAACGGACUGUGAUAUAACAAGUUCUUUUCCCAUGUUGGAAAAAUCUUUUGAAAACCAAGUGGAUUUUUCUACAAUCAACGAAGGUAGAUCGAUCUAAAUUGACCUUUUUAAAAUUAACCGAAAUGAGUACCACGGGUCAGCAAUAUUGUCUCCGAUGGAAUAAUCAUCGCACAAAUCUGCUGUCUGUGUUCGAUGAACUUUUACAAAACGAAUCUUUUACGGACGUAACUCUUGCUUGUGAUGGGGGAAAUCCCGUAAAGUGCCAUAAAAUGGUCCUAGCUGCUUGCUCACCUUAUUUCCAAGCCCUUUUCACUGGCUUGCCGUGCAAGCAUCCAAUUGUAGUGCUCAAAGAUGUAAAAUACUCAGAAAUUAAAGCAAUAUUGGAGUACAUGUACAGAGGGGAGGUGAAUGUUGCUCAAGAUCAACUGGCGGCUUUACUUAAAGUUGCCGAGGCCCUUAAAGUGAAGGGACUCGUCGAAGAAAAUAGGAGCGGAGAAUCAAAUGUUUUUGGAAGAGAAAAAGACGAAGAAUCUCUCUCUCAGCAUUCUUCACCUUCUAUAAGCACAACCAGCGCAAAUAUACAGAUUGCGCAAAGCACGAGUUCUUCUUCUCCGCCUCAUUCUACAAAUACAAUUCAGUACUCAAAGAACUACAAUAUAUACAACAAAUCGAGCGUCGAACGAAAUUCCAGGAUGAAUCUCCCCAUGUGGGCAGUACCUGGAUUACCGUUACCACAUCACCCACCUCCUAUACCUCCUCAAAGUCAUCCCCAUGCCGCAGCCACAGCGGCUGCUGCAAUGCUCAGCACCUGUUACGAAGCUGCAGCUACAGAUAUGUCACCACUCAAACGAAAGAAGUUGUCAAGCUUACUGAUGAACAGAGAUACUCCUAUUUUAAGGACGGUCUUGGGUCAAGGUCAGGUCGAAUCGUCCGAACCCGUGAGUCUCGUCUGCCACUCUGAAAACCACAGUUCACCAGGGAAUGGUCCAGAGCAGGAAUCUUCAGACAAGCUUAUGAAAAACGAACCCUCUGAAGAUGCUCAAUCGCCAUACACCGACUUCGCCAUGAUGGAUGACGAAGACAAGUCGAGACCCGCCGUUCCCUCGACGUCUCCUCAAUCCUAUACAAAUGAGCUACGAUCGUCUGGAAUAGCGACAUACGUGCCUGCUCAAAAACCAGAAUGGAAACGUUACAAACAGUACACGCGAAACGACAUAAUGUCAGCGAUAGAAGCUGUUCGAAAUGGUAUGAGUGCCUUGCAGGCUGCGAGAAAGUACGGAGUUCCGUCCAGAACGCUUUAUGAUAAAGUGAAAAAACUAGGGAUAACGACAAGCAGGCCGUUCAAAAGAGGCUCGAAUGGUAGUAGCGGCUGCUUUCCGUAUGGUAUAAGUGGCACUAGUUCACCUUAUGGAGCCCUUUCGGAAAACGAGGAUCCUGGUGUAAGUAAUCAUCCGGCUUUACUGGAAGCAAGCCAUUUUUUACACGCUCUUGAUGGAAGAGGAAACGACGAAAGGGAAGCUUUAGCGGCUAUGGCUGUUGCCGCUGCUGCUCAUGCUGUGGCUACUAGUCAUUCUUCAAGUCCAAAUACUAGAGGCGAUAGGAGCCCUAGUCCGACCAUGAUGAAAUACAUGCACCACAGUAACAUGUCUCCGUCUUCAGCACACGAAUCGAAUGAUGAUCCCCACACAAAUGGAACCUUCAAAACAGAGCAUGAUGACGAUGAUAAUCAAGUAGAAGACUUAUCGAUGGGACGCAAACAAGAAUCUCGCGUCAUCAUGCCUCCCAUGAAUCAGGUCUCGACGAUCAUAAAAAAGGACGAAAUUGUAAAAGAUUUGAGAGACGAGGGUAGAAGGGAAGUAGGAAUGGACGAAGUAAAAUAGCCUUUGGGCACUUGUUCUCAAUAUAUUUUUUCCGGUUUCGAACCAGUGUCUCCGAUACUUUAAAUAUGUAAAGCAAAAACGGUUACUGAUGCUUGGACUGUAUUCAGUGCAAUAUGUAUUACCUGUGGUGUCUACCCGUACUCACCUAUUUAGACGUAGGUAAUAUAGAAACUAUUAGAAUUUAAUGAUGCAGUGUGCCUAAACAUAAUAAGUGUUAGGGAUCAGCUAAUCUUGCUACAAGUUCCUCACACCAAACGUAACUUAUAAGACUGAUAGGUUUAUGACCAAUUUUUAUUGAGACUGAUUUCUGUAGCGAGUUGGUUACAUUCAGGCUAAUCCCUUUAGCAAAUAACGUUGUAAUCAAAUCAAUAAAACAAAAAAGAACUAAGAAGCAUAUCAGAGAAUCAUUUCAAAUUAAAUAAUUUUAGGAAACCGUAGAAUAAUUAACGAAGGACUUCUUUCUGAUUAAGCCUGUAGUGUGGAUUACUUUUAAAAUUGCUUUCCCGUGUGUGUAGU